GCCACGGGCGGGGCCGGGAGCUGCGGGCCAGAGGGAGUAGUGCAGAGAGGCAUCUGUGUGUCCCGUGGGGCUGGGGACAGCCGGCAGGCAUGGUGGGUUACGACCCCGAAGCCAAGUGCGUGUCCACGGCGGAAGCGGCUGUAGCGGGAUCAGCGUCUGGCUUGGUCACUCGGGUCCUUGUCAGCCCCUUGGAUGUCCUCAAGAUCCGCUUUCAGCUCCAGAUCGAGCAGCUCUCCUCCAGAAACCCCGCGGCCAAGUACCACGGCAUUGUGCAAGCUGUGCAGCGCAUCUUCCAGGAGGAGGGCUUGACAGCCUUCUGGAAGGGCCAUGUUCCUGCUCAGUUCCUUUCAGUUGGUUUCGGAGCUGUUCAGUUCAUGGCAUUUGAGAGCCUGACAGAACUGGUGCACAACGUCACCUCCUUCAACACCCGUGACUCCUUCGUGCACCUGGUGUGCGGGGGCCUGGCUGCCUGCACAGCCACGGUCGCAGUGCAGCCUGUGGACACGCUGCGCACCCGCUUUGCUGCCCAGGGUGAGCCAAAGAUCUACUCCAACCUUCGCCAUGCAGUGGUGACCAUGUACCAGACGGAAGGGCCUCGGACUUUCUACAGAGGUUUGACCCCCACACUUGUUGCUAUCUUCCCAUAUGCUGGUUUCCAGUUCUUCUUCUACAACAUCCUGCAGCAGUUUUCCAAAUGGGUGAUUCCAGCAGAAGCAAAGAAUGGAGCCAAUGUUAAAAACCUUGUCUGUGGCAGCUGUGCUGGAGUCAUCAGCAAAAGCCUCACGUACCCUUUGGAUGUGGUCAAAAAGCGACUGCAAGUGCGUGGCUUUGAGCAUGCUCGGGCAGCCUUUGGGCAGGUACGGACGUAUGGGGGUUUCCUGGACUGCAUGAGGCAGAUCAUGCGAGAGGAGGGCCCAGGUGGGUUCUUCAAGGGCCUCUCUCCCAGCUUGCUGAAGGCUGCCUGCUCCACCGGCCUCAUCUUCUUUUGGUACGAACUGUUCUGCGGCCUCCUGUGCACCAUGAAGAGCCCCGAGAGCACAAAGAGGCAGGAAGGAUGAAAGGGACAUGUGUGGCUGCCUGCUGUUAUCCUCAGGAGGGGAGACUGCUCUGUCACGAGCAUGUUGGAAACGUCAGAGCUCCCAGAGCUCCCCUAGCCUGUGGGGAAUCACCUCCUGGGACCAAGCAGAUGGAGAAGGCAACUGCAGUUCUGCUGAAGACACUGAACUGCUUGGCAGGGAGCCGUUCAACAGAGCACUUUUCUUCUGUCUUCUGUCAUAUCAGUGCACAUUUAGUGGGGAGAGGGGGAACCAACAGACCACUCCCUAGCAAUGCCUGUGCUCUGGAAUGGCACCCGAUAAAGCAGGUGAAUCCCUGAAGCUUGCCCUGGAUCCCAGAGGAGGGAUUCUGGCCCAGCCUAGUGCUGCUUAACCAACUAAACACCACUUCCUAGUACUGCAUCUGCACAGUUUUAUUCCCUUGCUCUGUGCCUGCUGUUUGCACCAGAUCCUUGUCAUGGUGUUGCACAGGUCGCUCUGGUGUGAAGUCAGGUAAAGCCACAUUAGGGUACAAACCCUCAGUUUUCCUUUCCUUUGCUGCCAGCUGCUGCUGCUUGGUCACAGCUUGCUGGCUGAGCAUUUUUUGUCGUCUUCAACACAGUAUCUUCUCUGAUCAUGCUGGACUAGACUUCCUUUAACUCCAGUGACCUUGAUUGUACGCUGAAUUCCCAUUUCUCUUCCUGGGUGUCUGGCCAUACAUCUCUUAGAGAUUUGCAGUGCCUCACUGACACUUUUUUACAAGCAAACCUGCAUAUUAAGAGGGCCAGUCUGAGGGGAUUCAAUGCACAAAUCCAAUUUUUACUUCAGGGUUCUUUGCUUCAAAGCAGUGAAUAAACAAAUGCUGUAUGGAGUUAAAUAAUUAUUCUAAGUUGGAAUAAUGAAGGGAAAGUCCUGUGUAAACUAGUGAUUUUUUUAUCAUUAUUUAUUUAGUUGCACCUUUGAAUGUGUCUAACUAGUAUAUCUGUAGUGGCCUCAAAAUAUAUUUCAGAACCUCAGUCCUGCACUGGUGCUAGCAGAUGAAAAUGUUUUGACAAUAUUUGCUGAAGUGAAAGGAACGAACAUCAAAUGGGAAUUGGUUGGCUGAGCGUGGUGUUUCACAUGAGUGAUUAAAUUAGAUAGAAAAGCAUUUUUCUGGAGUUCGAAAGGUUUUAUGAGUGCUUACAAAAACUGACAAAACCUACCAACAA